AUGAGCAACACUGACCCCUACGGUUUACCGGAGGAUCUCCUCCGCCUCAUUUCAUCAAGAACCACCACCACAGAACCACCACCACCACCCUAUAAUAUCUAUCCUUCUUCUUUUCAUCCACCUAAUAAUUAUUCUUAUGACCCUUCUUCUAUCAUGGUUGGUGACGUUUUCUAUCCUCGUAGUGCCUUCACUCACACUCACACUCACACUCACCACUAUGAUUAUUCCUCCUCCACUCUCAACAUUCCUUCAACUAGCUCCACCACUAUUGCUCCUGCAACCGCUAAUUCGGAUCAUGCUACUGCUUCUGCUGCUUUCUUUGGUUGCUUAGAAACUAAUUCUGCUGAUAACAAAGAAUGGCUUGGUAAUUUUGAUUCUUGUAACAAUAGAUGGCCUAGACAAGAAACGCUUUCUCUUCUAGAAAUCAGAUCUCGUCUUGAUUCUAAGUUCAAGGAGAAUAAUCAGAAAGCACCCUUGUGGAAUGAAAUUUCUAGGAUAAUGGCUGAGGAAUUUGGGUACCAAAGAAGUGGAAAGAAAUGCAAGGAGAAGUUUGAGAAUUUGUACAAGUAUUACAAGAAAACAAAGGAAGGUAAGGCGAGUAGACAAGAUGGUAAACACUACAGAUUCUUUAGGCAGCUUGAAGCAAUAUGUGGAGAAUCAAAUACAAACACUCACGCUUCAAUUUCAGACAAAAGCCCUCAUGUUGCUUUUGUUGCUACUCAAACUCCAAGCUUCAUAAUCAACCAAGAGAAUGUUAAUGGUGUUGAUGAUCAUGGUUUGAUCAAUAACCUCAAGUACAAAUCAGAAAGCCUAAUGAGUUUCUCGAAUUCGUCUGAGUUUGAGACAUCCUCGUCGGAAAACUACGACGAGGAUCUCUCGGCUAUUGCGCACUCAAUGAGGUCGUCGUCGAAGCAGAAAGGGCUAGAGUUGGAGAAAAGUGAUAGGAGGGUGAGAAAAAGUUGGAGAGGUAAAGUGGAGGAGAUUGUAGAUACUCACAUGAAGAAGAUUAUAGAGACACAAGAUGCAUGGAUGGAGAGAAUGUUGAGUGUUGUUGAACAAAGAGAACAAGAGAUGGCAUCAAAGGAAGAAGAAAGGAAGAGAAAAGAGUCAAUGAGGUUUGAUGAAGAGAUACAUAAACUUUGGGCUAAAGAAAAAGCUUGGGUUGAAGCAAGAGAUGCUGCAUUGUUAGAAGUUGUAAGAAAACAUAUUGGGAUAGAAGGAACAAAUAAUAAGAAUGAAAAUGGUAAAAACUAUGAAUACCCUUUUGAAAGUUUGGAGAAUCAUAGAUGGACAGAAAUGGAGAUUUCAAGUUUGAUACAACUAAGGACUAGUUAUGAACAUCAAGUAAGAGAAAAAGGGUAUUUGGAGGAUGGUGUUUGGGAUGAGAUAGGUGAAAAAAUGGUGUAUAUGGGAUUCAACAGAAAUGGAGCAGAAUGCAAGAAAAUAUGGGAUGAGAUUAGUGUAUCUCUUAGAAGGACAGUGGACUGUGGAGUCAAAAUCACAAGACCUUGGUGUUUGGGACUUAAGGUGACAGAUGAUGACGACAUUUGA